AUGUCCAUGGCCCCACUGCCACCGCAAUCUGGCGACGGCAUCAUCUCUGUCACCAGCUCGCAUCCACACGCGCACCUCGGCCACCAUGUGCCACCACCACACGAACAGCAGCCGCACGUGUCCAGCGCGCCACCGCAGUUUGCUGCACCGCACCCCACGCCCUACGCCCCACACUCCUCCGCUGGCGCAACCAUGCACCACCCUGCGCCGCCCGUGUCGAUGGUGAGCACGCCGUCGUCGUCAUCGUCGUCGUCAUCAGCCAUCCAGCUUCCCACCAGCGCGGCGCUUCCGCUCGUCCCAUCGUCUUCUGUGGCCGCCAGCGUCAGUGUGCCCGUGUCAACGGCAGCAUCCUCAGCGGCAGCGCCCCUCGUGGCCACAUCGUCUGCGGCCGCCACCGCGCCCACAGCGUCCCGCGCACUCGUGCCAACGUCUCUCAUCGACGUCACCUCGACUGCGCAUCCCCAACACCACCAACAGCAGCACCACCAGCAUCACCAACAGCAACACUCGCCAGCAGUAUCAGGCUCUAUUGCUGCUGGUGCUGUGGCACCCAAGGAUGCAGAAGCGGCGCAACGCCACCGCCACCACCACCAACAGCAGCACCAGCACGAGCUGCACAUGGACCACCAGCAGCAGCAGCAACAGCAACAGCAGCAACUGCCACACUUGCAGCAACAACACCACCAGCACCAGCAGGAAGGGCAGGAGCACGCGGUCAUGUUUGGGUUCGAGGCAGCGACAGAGGCAGCAGUGCCAUCAUCAUCGUCAUCAUCAUCAUCAUCCAGAGCAGCAGCGGGCGCGGGAGCAGCAAGGAUGGGGCACGCGCCGGCGCCACCACCAUCAGGCAGCGAUGAGGGCGAUGGCGUGGACCAGUUCAACAAGCCGUUUGUGUGCGGGUUCCACGGGUGCAACAAGCGCUUUCGGCUGCAGUACCUGCUCAAGGUGCACAAGCGGACGCACACGGACGAGCGGCCAUACCCGUGCACGGUGCCCGGGUGCACGAAGCGGUUCAAGACGUCGAGCCACCUCACGUCGCACCUGCGCACGCACAGCGGGGAGAAGCCGUAUGUGUGCGAGUUCCACGGGUGCGGCAAGUCGUUCUCGCAGAGCGGCAGCCUGAAGAUCCACCAGCGGACGCACACGGGGGAGCGGCCGUUCCAGUGCCGGCACGACGGGUGCUUCAAGCGGUUUGCCACCAAAGGGCAGCUGACACUGCACCUUCGGCAGCACGAGCCGGAGCUCAAGGGGGACGACGCGCCGUCGGAGGCGUCGGUGAUUGUGGCGCAGGUGCAGCCCACGCCGAGCGACGACGGCCGCACCUUCGCCUGCAACUUCCCAAACUGCACCGCCCGCUUCAGGACGCGCUCGCACCUGCGCGACCACGUGCGCACGCACACGGGGGAGAAGCCGUUUGCGUGUGUGUUUCCCGGGUGCAACGCGCGGUUUGCUGCGGCGAGCAACCUGUACAAGCACCGCAAGAUCCACACGCGGGCGGGGGAGAAGAAGUUUGUGUGCGACCAGCCCGGGUGCGGGCUUGAGUUUAUGCACAAGAGCAGCCUCACGCGGCACCAGCGGGUGCACACGGGGGCGAUGUUCCGGUGCGACGUGGAGGGCUGCAACAAGACGUUUCAGCAGCGCACGCAGCUGCACACGCACAAGAUCAACGUGCACUCUGAGGAACCGGGCCAGACGGAGCAGCGCACGUACGCGUCCAAGCAGUAUGUGUGCGAGGUGUGCAACCGCAGCUUCAUGUCGUCGUCGCACCUGACCACGCACAUGCGGCGGCACACGGGGGAGCGGCCGUUUGCAUGCCCGGAGCCCGGCUGCGACAAGUCGUUCCCGACCAAGUCCAACCUCACGGCGCACUUGCAGACGCACCGCUUCACCACGAACGUUGCGCUGAAGGACCACAAGCGGCAGGUGCACACGGGGGAGCGGCCGUUCCUGUGCCCGCACGAGAGCUGCGGCAAGCGGUACGCGUCCAAGACGACGCUGCGCUCGCACAUCAACGGCGCCCACGCGAACCAGCGCAAGUACGUGUGCCCCUACGAGGACUGCGGCAAGAGCUACAUUGCGCGCAGCGGGCUGACGGCGCACCUGCUGACGCACACGGGGGACCGGCCGUUUGUGUGCGACGCGCCAAACUGCGGGCGGCGCUUCAACAUGGCGUGCCUGCUCAAGGUGCACAGGCGCACGCACACGGGGGAGCGCCCGUACGUGUGCGCGCACCCGGGGUGCGGCAAGCGCUUUGCGCAGAGCGGGUCGCUGACCAAGCACAUGCGGCUGCACACGGGGGAGCGGCCGUAUGUGUGUGCGGUUGACGGGUGUGGGCGGCGGUUCAUUGAGUCGGGGCACCUGCGCAAGCACGAGCGCACGGUGCACGGCAAGUCGCGGCAGGAGCAGCAGGCAGACAGCAUGCACCGGCACACCUUUGCCGGCAGCGCGGCAGCUGUGCAGCACUCGCCACAACCACUGGAUGCACAGGGGCAACAGCAACAACAGCAACAGCAGCCGCGGCGGCGCAGGCAGCAGCACCAUCACCAGCAGCAACCGGAACAACAGCAGCAGCAGCAGCAGUUACCGCAGCAGCAGCACAUGCAUCAUGUGCAAGAUGGGGGUGUGCAGCAGCAGCAGCAGCAACAGCCCGUACCGCCGACGAUCAGUGCGCACUCCACACAGCAGCGGCAGCAUGUGGAUCACGGCAUUCAAGGUCAAGCAGAGCAGCAACAACAACAACAACAAGAGCAGCAACAGCACGAACAACAACAGCAGCAGCAGCAGCAGCAGCAGCAGGUACCCAUGCCGGGACCACAGCAGCUGCAUCCGUCGCUGCAAGCGCUCAACGUGCCCCACACGCUACCGCAUCCACAUCCACCUGCCACCCUCGACGCACACCACCAGCAUCACCCUGCACACCACCCGCACCAUGCACACCAUGCACACCACGCGCACGGGUUUGUUGCGGAUGUGCUGCCGCCACACAUGCAGCACGAGCGCGAUGUGCACCAGCCGCUGCCCCACCCACACCCACACCCGCACCCGCACCCACACCAGGAGCAGCAGUUUCCCCUGCCCAUGUACUCUGAGGCGCCGUCGUUCCACCCGCCUGGCUUCCCGCCACAGGCGCACCACCCGCACCACCAUCCACACCACCACCACCACCACCACCACCACGCCCACAUGCACGCGGGACACGAGCAGGAGCAGGAGGACGUGCAGCAGGUGCGCCAGCCGCCGGUGCACCCGGACUUUGCGCAGAGCAGCCCGCCGCCGCCGCCACCAAUGCCGCCACGGCAGCAAGGGGGCGGUGAAGGAGGAGGAGGCGGUGGUGGUGAGGCAGAGCAGCAGCAGGAAGAAGGUGGUGGCAGACAUGAUGAGCAGCAGCCGCCGACGUCGCUGCCGCAAGAGAUUCAGCUGCCGCAGUUGCAUGUGCAGCAGCAGCAGCAACAGGGAGGAGAGCAUGAACAGGGCAGCAGUAAUUGACAUGGAGUGGUGGAGUGAGAACUGGGUUGAAGCGGACAAGGAAGCACACAUAUGAUGGCACGGUAGAAGGGUGUAGGGCUGUGUCAUGGCAAUGUAACAACAAAGAUAUUCGCAUAGUUUGUUUUCUCUUUUUGUGUGUAAUCGGACAAACAUAGCUGGCCUCGUGUACAUUGUUUACUACCUUAGCUGUUGUGGUCAUUGCGCAUUUCAUUGUUCACUGGCAUUAAAUUACAC